AAAUAUCCCUCGAGUCGAGUCGAGUCGCGCGUCAUGCAGGUCCUCGUGGCGGUGCUGAGCUUCAUCGACAUCGUGGCGCUCACGUUCCUGAACGGCUACUGGCUGAUCACCCUCGAUGAGCUGGAGCUGGACCAUCUGAACCCGGCCGACGUGGCCAAGCGCCUCAACAAGCUCGUGUACCCGGAGAUGGUCCUGCACGGUAUCCUCAUGUUCCUGUGCUUGCUGGCGUGGGCGCCCUGGGUCUUCCUGCUCAACCUGCCGAUCGCCGUGUGGCACGCUCGACGUGUCAUGCGGAGUGAGCACAUGAUGGACCCGACCGAGAUCCUGCGCUUCAAGAACCUGCAGCAGGCUCGCCUGGAGUCGAUCGCCAGGACGGUGUUCUACGGCCUGCAGAUCGUCUACGGCAUGUUCUGGAUGGUGUCAGCUAUCGUGAACUCGGCCAAGAGCCGGAAGGGCGGCAAGCGCGCAUAGAUAGCGAACGACCCAACGUCGCUGGCAUUCCGCCAGCAGUCGAGUCGAGUACAGUAGUGUGGAGGCGAUCGACGGACGUCUCCUGGAGAGGCAGUGAGCGGAGGUUUCCCAUCCCAUCCACUCUAUUGUGGCAACGUUCAAGCUCCACCGUGCUUUCUCCCUAGAUGUGUCUAGCAUAGCAGUAGCAUGUGGGAAAAGAUGGCGAGCU